AUGGGUAGUUCUCGCACUUACCCUUUGUUCCAGAGAAGCCUUUUGCUACGACGAUUCUCUACUUCUUGCACAAUGUCUCGCAGUUACGGGGAUGCAAUCGCAGCGCUCAAUUCGCUGCAAACUAAUUUUGCGGCGAUCCAGAGGUUUAAUCAAACGCGCAGCAGGGAUGAUAUGAACAAAACAUCUAUUUCGGAGAUGGUUGAAUGGUUAAGACGUAUCGGGUACCAGCGCUCUGAUCUGAACCGCCUGAAUGCAGUCCAUGUCGCCGGUACCAAGGGAAAGGGCUCUACUUCGUCGUUUAUCACGUCUAUCCUCUCGCAGUAUGCCAGUCCGUCGUCGAAAGUCAACCGAGUCGGCCUGUACACCUCCCCCCAUUUGAGAUUUGCCCGGGAGCGCAUCGGGAUAGACAAUGCGCCUUUGUCGGAGGAGAAAUUCGCCAAGUACUUCUUCGAAGUGUGGGACCGGCUCGAACAGGCUGCGGUAGCAGCUGGGGAGGAUCCGAAGGGACCGCUUGCAAAACCACAAUACUUCCGAUACUUGACGCUUAUGGCCUUCCACACAUAUUUGAGCGAAGGGGUGAACGCUGCGGUCAUUGAAUGCGGCAUUGGUGGAGAGUACGACUGCACAAAUGUGAUUGAGCGGCCAGCAGUCAGCGCAAUUGCUAGUCUGGGCAUUGACCAUACGGCGAUGUUGGGCGACACGAUAGAACAAAUUGCGUGGCAUAAGGGUGGAGUUAUUAAGUCUGGGGCCAAGGCUUUCAGUGUUUCGCAGGCCGCUGGUGCUGAACAGGUUCUGCAACGACGUGCGGAGGAGAAGGCGACACAGAUUUCUAUCGUAUCGCGCCACCCCGACCUCGAAAGCACUGAUAUUAAGCUUGGUCUGGCCGGUGAUUUCCAAUACACGAAUGCGACGUUGGCCGUUGCGACUGCUGCUGAGUACCUGAGGAAGGCUGGGGUGGAAGGUAUCCCAGAGGACAUAAUGAGCCAGCCUUUGCCUGUCGAAUUCCGCCGGGGACUUGAAUUGGCUCGUUUGGGAGGCCGAUGCGAAACGAGACACGAGAAGAACGUCACGUGGUACAUUGAUGGAGGCCAUACCAUGGAGAGCAUCAAGGUGGCUGGCGAGUGGUUCGUCUCUCAAGUCAAAGCAAACUCGUCGUCAACUGAGACUGCAGACCGGAAGCUGCGGCUUCUAAUCUUCAACCAACAGACUCGCGACAGCAAUGCGCUGGCUAAGGCACUUCACAACACGCUAUCCGCGGCUCUUGAAGCAGACAGGCCGUUCACCCACGCGAUUUUCUGCACCAAUGUCACAUACAAGGAGGCUGGCUACCGGCCUGAUCUCGUGAGCAUGAACACGAGUGCCACUGAUAUAGAAAAACUGAAAGUCCAGAACAGUCUUGCCGAGACGUGGAAGGAAGUUGACCCUCGAACCGAAGUUCAAGUGUACAGUACUAUUGAAGAAGCUGUCGAUUACGCCCGGGAGCUCGCCACGAAAGAGCAGGGUAUCGUCGCGGAUGAAGCGCCGUUGAUGACCUUUGUCACCGGCAGCUUGCAUUUGGUGGGCGGAUUCCUCGAUGUGAUUGAAACCAAACCAGGCCCGCAGUGA